CGUCGUAGUCGAAUGGUCGCAGUCGUGCAGCGUCGCGCGGAGUCACUCGACGCGGCCGAGAAACGAGGGUGGAGGAGAGACGGAGAGGCGCUCGACACGAUUACGUAUUUUUGUCCUACGUGAUCACGGGUGAAUAUUCGAGGUGAACGGUAGGAGAAGAAGGGAAGAAGUGACCGAAGGAAAAUUUCGGAACGCACUUGGGAGAGAGCGUCGCCGCACGGAUACACGGGAGUGAAAAAUGCGGUAGUGACAGUGAGACACGCUGAGUGCGAGGAGAGACUCGGAAUUAAUCGCUCGUUGUAAUUUCGCGUCAUUCGCCCGCAGCUCGUCAUCGCCUCGAGUUGGUCCGGCGCCGGUCGAACGACGAGAGAGAUAGAUAGAAAAGGCUCUCUCGGGCGGGUGGGGGGUGGGGGGGAAGAGAGAGGAGGUUGCUCUCUUGGCGCGACUCAGCCGGAAGAGUUAUGACGAGCUCGCGCUCCAUUCAAGGACGAAGAAUUGUUGUUCGCGCGCAUGUGUCCAGUAGUGGGAUAUAGUGUCAACGACAAGUCGCCGCUCGCAGAUCUGGAUACCUUGCUGUCGACACCCGCCGGGCCCGGAUUGUCUCAUGUCAGGAUGGCGCUGGCGCGACUUGCGGUGAGCGACUGUGCGCCUCAGACGUCGCGGGUCAGCUCGAACUUGCACAGCAGCAGUAGUAUGGCGGUGAGCCGCGUCCCAAGCCCACCACCGCCGGAAGUGAACACCCCCGUGGCCGAGAACUGGUGUUACACGCAGGUGAAGGUGGUGAAGUUCAGCUACAUGUGGACGAUAAAUAACUUCAGUUUUUGCCGUGAAGAGAUGGGGGAGGUGCUUAAGUCGUCCACGUUCUCCGCAGGGGCCAACGACAAGUUGAAAUGGUGUUUGAGAGUGAAUCCUAAAGGCCUGGAUGAGGAGAGCAAAGACUACUUGUCACUGUAUCUCCUUCUCGUUUCGUGCAACAAAUCUGAAGUCAGAGCAAAGUUUAAAUUUUCUAUUCUUAAUGCCAAAAGAGAAGAAACCAAAGCAAUGGAGAGUCAACGUGCGUAUAGGUUUGUCCAGGGUAAAGAUUGGGGCUUCAAGAAAUUCAUUAGGAGAGACUUUCUUCUGGACGAGGCCAACGGACUGCUACCAGACGACAAACUCACGAUAUUCUGCGAGGUAUAUACCUUUGUCAGUGUGGUGGCAGACAGCGUAAACAUCUCCGGGCAGAGUAACACGACACAGUUUAAAGUACCGGAGUGCCGGUUGCCCGACGAUCUCGGGCUGCUGUUUGAGAACCAAAAAUUUAGCGACGUAACGCUCACCGUCUGCGGAAGAGAGUUCCACGCGCACAAGGCGAUCCUCGCAGCACGAAGUCCGGUUUUCUCAGCAAUGUUCGAACAUGAAAUGGAGGAGAGAAAGCAAAAUCGUGUGGAUAUCACUGACGUAGACCACGAGGUGUUACGAGAAAUGCUGCGAUUUAUUUACACCGGUAAAGCGGCAAAUCUGGAGAAGAUGGCGGAUGAUCUAUUGGCUGCGGCGGACAAAUAUGCGUUAGAGAGGCUAAAAGUAAUGUGCGAGGAAGCACUUUGCACGAGUUUAGCCAUCGAGAACGCGGCCGAAAUUCUCAUACUUGCCGAUCUCCAUAGCGCUCUUCAACUGAAGGAGCAAGCGAUAGACUUUAUUAAUACACAUGCAACUGACGUGAUGGAUACAGCAGGUUUCAAGUCCAUGGUAAAUUCCCACCCGCACCUAAUAGCGGAAGCUUUCCGGGCGUUGGCAACUCAGCAAAUCCCACCGGUCGGACCGCCCAGGAAACGGGUGAAACAGAGCUGAAAGCAGUCACCGCUGACCCAGGGCAUGACCUCCACAUCGCCCCCACCACUUUUACAUCCCUCUUGAACAUUUGUGUACAGUGAUAUAACGAAGUAUAAUAGUAGUGCUAAAUAAAUGUUUCCUAGUGCGCCACCCUCUGGUCUAAAAAGAAUAAAAAAAUGAAAAAAAUCACUUAUGGAAAACCGACGCGAGAACCAACUGACUGUCUACGAACUUUGGUUGAGAAUGUUCGGAGAUCGACGGGAAGAAGAGGAGAACCGUCUGGUCUGUCCGGUCGGUCGAGGGCGAGUUUCAAAGAAGCGUAUUUCCAAACACGUGUGCCCUAGACUCUUGUGUUCAAGUGAGUGUCGGUAGUGAUAGAAAACUCGGCGAUGACACGAUCACACUAUCAGUGAUCGCGCAGCGUCGAAAAGGAGAGGAAAGAGAGAAAAUAUCUCCGAAAAAUCUACACAUCCACAUUCACAUCCUCACAUCCCACCAGCAGAAGACGUAUCGUACUUCUCGACCGGCCUGUGCGCGCGAAUUGAUCACCGUAGCACCGUGAUCGGGCACAAAACCCGUUCAUUUUUCUUCAAUGCCAAUGCCGAUGCCAAUCGAUCAGUUCUCAGUGACGCAAUGGAACGUGUCACCAGGAACGUGUCAUCAUCAUCGUGGAUUUGCUUUCGUUUCUAUUACCAGCGAAUGAAGACGGAAGCGCACGGCCGCGCGCGAGACGUUCAAGGAUAUAUAGCCAGAGAGGACCAAGAAGGCGAGGAGUUUCUCUCCACGUGGCUCGUCGCCAUAAAUUGCCGCAACGACAACCAAGCGCGAUGCACGAAGGGAGUUGUGAUAGACGUCGGCCAGACGAUUUAAAUAUUUUGUUCCUUUGUCGAAAGAAAGAAAAGAAAAUGAUGGAUCAAACGGGGAUGUCCCCGUUCGCUCGACGCGUCGAGCAGCACGGAGAGAAUUAGAUACUUUGUUUGUUUCUAUCGAUAGUAGUGAUUUUUUUUAGUUCUAGCGCGUCUCAAACUCUUCCAAGACGGAGAAAUCAUUCUAGUUAGUGUUCUUUUUUAUGAUCUCUUUCUCUGAAACAUAUAUAUGUACGGUUAUU